CUGCCAGGAGCUGCCAUGUAAUGUUGACGGUUGAUGGCUGCUCGAAGACUAACAAAAAGGCUCUUCUAAAAAAUAUCACUAAGUUAGCCUUGUCCUUUCUGGCAUCUUUCAGUAUUUGCAUUGCUUUCCAAAUUCUCAGUUUCUCACCCUAGGAUAAUCCAAAUUUUUGUUUCCCCUCAUUUUGGUAAAAGUUUUCGAGUUUUGUUGAAUCUACGCAGCUGGCACGAUGGUGCGCGUAAUCGAGGAUAUGUUUGGCAUCGCCGUGAACCCCAUCAGCCAGAAGACGGAUCAGGUGCGCCGCUUCACACUGAGCACUGACCGAGGCAUGUGCGUGUCCAUUCUCACCCUGGGGGCCAUCAUCCAGAGGAUCAUGGUGCCGGACUUUGACGGGAAGCUAGAGGAUGUCUGUCUGGGCUACGAUGACGUGGCCGGCUACUACCGCAACCAGCCGAGCUACUUCGGAGCCACCAUUGGAAGGGUGGCCAAUCGAGUGGCCCGGGGCCGCUUCAAGCUGUGCGGCAAGGAAGUGAGUGUGAGCCGCAACUUCAGGGACCGGUACCAGCUGCACGGCGGCUUUGUCGGCUUCGACAGCGUUAUCUGGGACGUGGUGGGCAUACACAAGGAUGGCGUAACCUUUCAGCACGUCUCGCCGGACGGCCACGAAGGGUACCCCGGAGAGGUGACUGUCAACAUCAACUUUUCGCUGAACGAAACGGGCUGCUUUGGCAUGAGGAUCGAGGCGAGGGCCAAGGCCACCACCUGCGUCAACAUCACUAACCAUGCGUACUUCAACUUAGCCGGCCAUGGAACCGGCAAGGACACCCUCUUGCAGCACAUGCUGAUGAUCAAGGCCCAGAAGAUUGUGGACACGGAUAUCGAGCAGAUCCCCACUGGGAAGCUGAUGCGUGUCCGCAACACUCCGUACGACUUCUCCAGCCUUGUCAACCUCGGCAAGCGUAUUGUCCAGCUCUCCAAUUGUCCCAUCAGCGGCUUCGAUAAUAACUAUUGUGUCGACGUGGCGCCCAAUCGUGUCCAGCUAGUGGCCCGUAUUGUCCAUCCCUGCAGCGGUCGCUACAUGGAGGUGCACACCAACCAGCCGGGGCUGCAGUUCUACACCGCCAACAAUCUGCCCGACGAGGACCGCGGCGGGGUGCCCAACAUUGGCAAGGGCGGAGCUCACUAUGUGCGGCAUGGCUCCUUCUGCCUGGAGACCCAAAAGUAUCCCGAUGCCAUGAAUCACGAUGAUUUCCCGUCAAUCAUCCUCAAUCCUGGACAGUUGUAUGACCAUCAGGUGGUCUACAGAUUCGGUGCCUGCCCCAAGCGAAUUUAGGGAUGGUGCUGCGCUCCUUCUUGAUAACAAAACAAAAUCUUAAAUUUUCACUCAAUAAUAAAGGAUAUGAUCGAUGGUUUAUAUUA